AUGCCGCUCUGCCAGAUCGUGUGCAACGUUGAUUUCGACAAGGCAACUGCGAAUGCCUUCCUCUCUGAUGUGGAAAAAGGAUUGAGCAAGCUCCUCGGAAAACCCGUUCAGUACAUCAAUGUUAGCUUGACACGGGGGGAGAUGCGCCAUGGAGGCAGCAACGAGCCUGCUGCCAGCGUCUGUGUGAAUUCAAUUGGGAAUAUUACGACCGAAACAAACAAUAAAAUUUGCGUCGAGUUGGUGACUUUCUGCCAGAACCACCUGAAGAUUCCCGUAGACCGCGUGUUUUUCUGCUUCAGUGAUAUGGAUGCCGCAAACGUCGGCAUUGGGUCUCGCGUUUUCGCCUAA